ACUUCAGCCCCUCUAUCUCUGUUCUCACUUACUGACCAAGAGCCACCCAUAGUGCAUCACCAAAUCAUUUGUCAAGCAUGUCAUCAUCGAUUGUUUAUACCCAUCCUCUUGUCGAGCCCGCGCCAGAUACCGCCACCUCGCUAGUACCCAUGGCCCAAAUACCCAAACUUGCACCGCAUCGACGUCGCUCAGCUCAAACAAGCCCGUUUCCUCGCCCAGAGACACCUGCCCUUCCAACACCUCCCGUGCCGUCGCCCUUGAUGUUCAUGAAACCCUCUCGGAGAAUAAUCUCUCCCCAGGACCAUGAGCUCUUCCUCGACUCCUCAGCUUACAGGAUGGUUGUUGCGUUUGUCUUCAGCCUAUCGGAUUCUGUCCGCGAUACCCCAUGUUCGGCGGUCAAUAACAGUAAUUCGAGCGGCAAUGUCCGGAACAUCAUCGAGAUCCUCGACCGUGUCGAGGAGCUGCUAAAACGGUCACCCCCCGUUGAACAGGGCGGAUCCCGUUUUGGCAACAAAGCCUAUCGGGGCUUUGUCGAUUUAGUUGAAACCGAGGCUUCCGAGUGGCACGCCAAGCUUGGAAUCGACGAUAGCGCCGCCAGAGACGAGUUAUCGGCGUACUUCAUCCAGUCAUUCGGAAGUAGGGAACGUAUUGACUAUGGAUCCGGCCAUGAACUCAAUUUCAUCAUAUGGCUACUGUGCUUAUAUCAGCUGCGCACUGUUGCACCCCCGGACUUCGCCGCACUUGUGCUUUCAGUUUUCAAACGAUAUCUGGAACUGAUGCGCAAGAUCCAGCUAAGCUACUAUCUCGAACCCGCUGGCUCACAUGGCGUCUGGGGUCUCGAUGAUUACCAAUUUCUGCCGUUCCUAUUUGGCGCCUCGCAGCUUCUUCAUCACCCUUACAUUACUCCUCUUGCAAUCCACCAAGAACUGACCAUAGAAGAGUUUGCCCCAGACUAUCUAUAUCUUAAUCAAGUGGCCUUCGUCAAUAGCACGAAGACAGUGAAAGGACUACGAUGGCACAGCCCUUUGCUCGAUGAUAUCUCCAGUGCCAAAUCUUGGUAUAAGAUCGAAGGUGGUAUGCGCCGGAUGUUCGUGGCAGAGGUACUGGGAAAGCUCUCUGUCAUGCAGCAUUUCCUUUUCGGGUCCCUCGUGCCUGCCGCAGAUGGGAUGACCGAAGGUCCAGUUGCGAGUUAUUUGGCCCAGGGCGCAGUGUCUGGCGAACCUUCGGCGGCGGAUCUAGGGACAAGGCAGCAGCACCAUCAUGUGGGGUGGGGAGACUGCUGCGGUAUCAAGGUGCCUAGCAGUGUUGCUGCAGUUCAGGAGCUCCGGAAGAAAGAGGGCAGUGCGGCGUUGCGUAGGAUCCCAUUCGAUUAAGGGCCGAAAUACAGGGAUACUUGCGUAUUUCAGGAUAUUAAAAUUACUCAAUUAAAAUAAAUAAAUGAAGGGAAGGAUUAGGGCGCCCGGAGCUUUUAACAUUAAGCCCGU